AUGAAGUUUGCAUAAUUAUUAUUGAGAGCUAUGAUACCUGAAUGGAUUAAAUUAUACUUAAACUAUAAGUUAUUAAAAACUUAAUUGUCUAGUUCAGUUUAUAUUAAGAAAAGAAUUAAAUUCUUAAAAACUUAAUACAAAACCAAAAAAAAAUUAUAUAAAUAAGAAAAAGAAAUAUUGCUUGAAAAUGAUCUAGUAUAAGAUAAAAUUAAAUCAGAUCUUCAAGGCUUUUGUAUUACAAUCAAAGAAGAUUUGAUUAAAAUUUAGUCCUUUAUUGCAUGGAAAUAUUAGGAUAUUCAAAAGAAGAACAUAAAAGUAUUAGAGCAAAUCAAAUUUAUGAAGAAAUAAUUAGAAUUUAUAAACUUGAAACAAUAUAUGGGUGAUGAUAGCAACUAUAAAAAGCAAAUGGAAGAGUUUAAACAAAAAUAAUAUAUUCUUAAAUAAACUAUUUAUCAAUUUUAUAUUGAAAUUUUACAAUAUAAAAGUUUUGUAACCAGCAAUCAUGAAGGACUGAUUAAAAUUUUAAAAAAAUAUAAAAAAUGGUCAAUAGCAAAAUUUAGAGAUAAGUAAUUUGAGAGCACUGUUCUUAGUGAAAUUAUGAAUGAAGUUUUAGUCCUUAAGAAAGUACCUGAUAAAUGUUCAUAAUUAUUAAAUAAAACUGAAAGAUUGUUACUCAAUAAUUUUUACACUCUCAAUCCUAAAAAAGGAAGAUAUAAUUUAAGAAAGUAUUAAUAACAAAAAACUGUUAAGGGUGAAAUAUUGUUUAAAUUUGGUCUAUUUAUUGGCUUCGCUAUAGUAUUAUUAACAUUUAUAUUUUUAUUAAGAAUUGAAGGAUAUAUUGAUCCAGAUAAUAAUUUAAAUUAGCAUAGUAUUUUUCAAAAGAUGUUUCCUUGUUUUAGAGGAUUAGCUUUAUUUAUAAUAUAUUACUGGUAUUUAGCAUUAGAUUUAUGGGGUUGGACUCAUUUUAGAAUAAAUUAUAAAAUAUAUUUAGGUUUUAAUCAUCAUUUUUCAACUGUAGUGGAAGUGUUUAAACGUGUAAGUUAUUUUUCAACAUUGUUUUUAUUGAGUUUUGUAUUUUAUAGUUUGUAGGCUGAAAAUAUAGAUCCUUUUAAAUAUUAAGAAUCAUAUACUAAAUAUAUUCCAUUAAUUUUAUGGUGUACUCUAUUAUUAUAUGUAUUUUUUCCAUUUAUGAAUAUUUUAAAUUGGCCAGGUAGAGUUUGGCUUUAUAAAAUAUUGGCAGGUGCAAUAUAUGGCCAUUUUAUAAAAUAUGAAUCUAGAUUUACAUUUUGUUUAGAUUAAUUUGUAUCAAUGGCUAUACCAUUAAGAGAUCUUGACUAUACGAUAUGUUAUUAUAAAACAAUUGUAUAUAUAAUAGAUUAAUUAGUGGCAAACUGGAGAGGUUCAUGAUAAUGAAUGUUUCUCAUCUAAUAGAUUAACAGGAGCUUUAAUAGCAAUUAUACCACUUUCAAUGAAAACGAUACAUUAUCUAACUAGAGCAAGAGAUAAAGGUAAGUUUUGGCAUACUGAUGAAAUGUGGAAUUUCUUUAAAACUAUGUUAGUUACAUGGGUAGCAACUUUAUCUUUUUUAGCUAAUUAACAUGAUAUAUUCAAAUAUAUUUGGAUACCUUUUGCUGCACUUUGUUCUAUUAUUUAAUUUUGGUGGGAUUUAAAAAAAGAUUGGUUAUUUUUUGAAGAAGGAUCUAAUAUUAGAUUUCUAAGAAAUGAUUUAGGUUAUAAUCAUCCAUAUAUCUAUUAUUUUAUUGGCAUUUCUAAUUUCUUCUUAAGAUUAACUUGGAUUUUAUCAGUCUCUCCAAAUAUGUAUCUAUAUCUCAAUUUUUCAAAUAAAGAAGUUUUUAUUUUUAUUAUUGGGUUUUUAGAAAUGACAAGAAGUAUUAUUAUUAUUCUUAUUAUUAUUUAGGAUUAAUUAAUAAUUUUAUCAAAAUUGAGAAAGAAUAUAUAACUAAUCUUAGAUCUCUUAAAACAACUAGAGAAUUUAUUUAUCCAUUUGUUAAUUUAGAUAAAAGUAAUUAUUAAAUGUAAUUAUAAUCUAAUAAUUGAAGUGUCUCUGAAAGAUUAACAUUAUCUGUUUUAAAUUUAAAUGAAUAAAAUAAAUAAGAUGAAGAUUUGAUUUAAUUAUUUAGAGCUACCAAUAAUUUAUUAGAAAAAAGUGAUCUUAAUAAAAGUGGAAAUUUAUUUUAAGAAUUUCAACCUGAUAUGGAAAUAUUAGAAAGAGCUAAAAAACAAGAAAAAUUUUAAGAAUCCUAAAUUAGGAGAAUUAAAUAAGAAAAUAAGAAUUUCAAAGCUUAGAUUAAAUGA